AGUGCGGCCAUGAUGGCGGCUCCAGGCGGUGCUGCUGAGGAGGCGCGGCGUGGCAGUGGGAUGAGGGAGGACUCGCUGGAUACUCUCCUCUCCCGCUUGCCUCUCACUCCCUCGCUUUCCCCACGAAAAAGGACCACAAGCCAGUCAAAGACUGAACCACCUCUGCUCAGGACCAGCAAGCGCACCAUCUAUACUGCAGGGCGGCCCCCCUGGUACAAUGAGACAGGCACACCUUUCAAGGAAGCCUUUGUGAUUGGCUUGUGUGGUGGAAGUGCAUCAGGCAAGACCACAGUGGCCAACAAAAUCAUCGAAGCGCUAGAUGUGCCUUGGGUGGUGCUGCUCUCUAUGGACAGCUUUUACAAGGUGCUGAACAAGGAACAACAGCAGCAGGCUGCCUGUAACGAGUACAAUUUUGACCACCCUGACGCCUUUGAUUUUGACUUGCUGAUUAGUGUCUUAAGGAAACUCAAAGAGGGAAAGAGUGUUAAAGUUCCUGUCUAUGACUUCACCACACACAGCAGGCGCAAGGAGUGGAAAACUAUCUAUGGAGCCAAUGUGAUUGUGUUUGAAGGGAUUCUGUCUUUUGCCAAUAAGGAGCUUUUGCAGCUCCUGGACAUGAAGGUGUUUGUGGACACAGACUCAGACAUCCGGCUGGUGCGGCGGCUGAAGCGGGACAUCAUGGAACGUGGGCGGGAUGUGGUGGGCGUCAUCAAGCAAUACAGCAAGUUUGUGAAACCGGCCUUCGAGCAGUACAUUGAACCCACUGUGCAGGCAGCGGACAUAGUUGUACCCCGGGGUGGGGAGAACUUUGUUGCUCUGGAUUUGAUUGUUCAGCAUGUGCACAGCCAGCUGGAGAAGCGUGAAAUCACGGUCAGAGCUGCCUUGGCCUCAGCCCACCAGGGUCAGCCAUUGCCAAAGACGCUGAGCGUACUGGAGAGCACGCCGCAAGUCCGUGGGAUGCACACCAUCAUCAGGAACAAGGAUACCACCAGGGAUGAGUUCAUCUUCUACUCCAAGCGUCUUAUGCGUUUGCUGAUAGAGCAUGCCCUCUCAUUCCUGCCACUCAAGCCAGUGACUGUGGAGACGCCGCAGGGGACAAUCUAUGAAGGGAAGCGGUUCCACAGGCAGCGGAUCACCGGUGUCUCCAUCCUGCGUGCGGGUGAGACCAUGGAGCAGGCCCUCACCGCUGUCUGCAAAGACAUCCGCUUGGGCAAGAUCCUCAUCCAGACCAACCAUGACACAGGGGAACCUGAGUUACACUACCUUCGGCUGCCUAAGGAGAUCAGCGAAGAUUAUGUCAUCUUGAUGGACAGCACUGUGUCCACAGGGGCUGCUGCCAUGAUGGCUGUGCGAGUGCUGCUUGAUCAUGAUGUGCAGGAGGACAAGAUCUUCCUCCUUUCGCUGCUGAUGGCUGAGAUGGGGGUCCAUUCGGUGGCUUAUGCUUUCCCCCGUGUACGUAUCAUUACCACCGCUGUGGACAAGAGAGUCAAUGAGGAGUUCCACAUCAUCCCAGGAAUUGGCAACUUUGGAGACCGAUACUUCGGCACUGAUAGUACCACAGGUUGGUACGAGAGUGACGGCGUGGACUGCUGAGCUGGUUCGGCGGAGCAGCAUCUCUUUGCUGGGGUGCACUGCUGCAAGGACCACUGCAGCUCUAAGGAGAGGCCACAGUUCUGUGUGUGCCCCCUUCUCUGGUGCAUCAGAUGGGGAAGUGUCACUGCUGCUACCUCCCUCUUGAUAUUUAUUGGUAUUUAUGGGGGUACUUUGUUUCCUUUCUGGCACUCCAGCUGCUGCCCCUCCCAGUGCUGACUGGCUUUACUGAGGCCCGAAGUGCUAGCUCAGGGCCCCUUCUUGAGGGGACCAUCCCACAGGAGCCCCAACAAUUGUCCUACUGCCCCAUUUACGCCCUCUUUGGCUCUCUUGCAGAUUGAGCAGGGCCUGAUGCAAGCAGCCGUCUGCAGCAUGACCCUGACCUUCUGGUCUGGGAGCUUCUCUGACUCUUGCCUCAUUCACAAUCUUCCUUUCCUGGCAGCCUCUCCAUUGUUUAUGGUUGCACAGGCAUUCAGGACCACAAACAUGGCAAUAAGGGAUCCAUCCUUGGGGGGAGUCACUGCUCCUCUUUUGCUCAGACCUGGGAUUACCUUCCUGGAAGUGGCUGUUGGCCUGGAACAGGCUCUGGUCACCUGCACUCUCCUUUGUCCUCUUUGCAGAUGGGUGAAUGGGAAUGAGGGGCUGUACUGCCCACCAUCACCUGCUCUGUAUUGUCAGUACUGUACUCGGCUGCCUUCCUUGCUUUUGUACGUGAUAAUAAAAGAUCUACACAGA